UCAUAUGGAGGAGGAGUUAUCAAAGUCCAAAAACCGUUAACAUCAAGAUCCAAACCCUAGGAACCAAAAAAGAAAAAGAGAUCCCAAACCCAAUUCGGAGCUCCGAUCUGGAGAGCGUACCAGAUCCAAAACUGGCUCCCUCAGGGCCACCACACUCCCUCUCUCGUCGGAAACCAUCGUCUUCCAAUUCCAAUUCCAAUUCUCAAACCCUAAAUUCUGAAACAAAUCGCAUUGUUAGUAAACAUUCACGUCCUUCACGGUUCAACCUUCCAUUUUAUCAGCAGAACUGCUUCUUCAUCUUGCUUCUUCUAAUGGCUCUCUCAUGUUUCGCUCUCGCCGUCUUCAUUUUUCUCGGCUUCGACUUCAAUUCUGCCUCUCAUUCCUCUGCUUCUGCCGCUGCUUCCGAAGGCGUUGAGAUUACAUAUGGUACAGUACUUAAGUUGAUGCAUGAGAAGACAAAGGUCCGGCUGCAUUCACAUGAGGUUCCAUAUGGAUCUGGAAGCGGGCAGCAGUCGGUUACAGGUUUUCCAGUUGUUGAUGAUUCAAAUAGCUACUGGGUAGUUAGACCUCAGCCUGAGACAUCUGCCAAACAAGGGGAUGUGAUCAAAAGUGGGACAAUUAUCAGGUUGCAACACAUGAGGACCCAAAGAUGGCUGCACAGUCAUCUCUAUGCAUCUCCAAUAUCAGGCAACCUAGAGGUAAGCUGUUUUGGAGGAAACACUGAAUCUGACACGGGGGAUUAUUGGAGCCUUUUGAUUGAAGGGAGUGGAAAGACUUGGAAACAAGAUCAGAGGAUUCGGCUUCAACAUGUUGACACUGGCGGGUAUCUGCACAGUCAUGACAAGAAGUAUAGCCGAAUUGCUGGGGGACAGCAGGAGGUUUGUGGUGUCCGAGAAAAGCGUGCUGAUAAUGUUUGGCUGGCAGCUGAAGGCGUUUACCUCCCUGUUACAGAGAGCAAGUAGAGAAUUUAGUUUUAAUGGGCCAGUAUUUUGCAAAGGCCUACAUGGAUUUUGGAUAAAGAGAGGUGGAUAGUUGUUUUAUUUAUAUAUUUUUUAUCUUAGAUUAUUGAUAAUCUAUUAAAGGAAAGAAGUAAUAUGACUCAAAUUAACUGAUAGAAGGUACUUAUUAUAGACAAGCAUUUGUCAACUGGAUAUAAUGACGCAAGAAAAUGCGGUCUUUCUGGGUCCACAGAUUGUGUGGCAUCUGCUUGUUUUGGGGACAUUUUUCUGACAUCUUAAGUUUUGAUUUUCAGUUUGAAUUGUCUCA